AAAGGGCGGGAAGCGGGAGCCGCCGCGGCCGCCAUGGAGGAGCCUCCUCACAGGGAACCUGAGGGAGAAAAAAAGGUGGAUCCGGAGCUUCCCGCUGCCCCAUCGCGACCCUGUGAGGGGUUGGAGAAAGAGGGUGGAGCCCACCCUGCGGCUGAUGCUGUGGCAGAUCCUGACCCUGGAGAGAAAAAAGCAGAUCCUGAGCAGUUCCUCAAGUCGUCUGACCCAGCUGAUGUCAGCAAAAAGACCGUGGCUCCCCUCAUGACCACAGAAACCACCGGCAGGAAAAGAUCCCACGCAAGUCCCAGCCUGAAGAAAAAACCCCUCGGAUCUAAUCCUAAGAAGGUUUCUCCCUGGAAAAACAGCCCCGGGAAAGACCAGGCACUGAGUCCUUUCAGGCUUUCCCCCCGAGGGUUUUUCACCACUCCUCAAUCCAAACGCCGUCGCUCCUGGCGCCGCUCCAGCCUGAAGGGGACAAAGCGCCGAAAAUCCCUCCCCCCUGUUCACCAAGAUGCCACUGAAUUAAGCAAAUCAAUUAGUCUGGAUCUGCCAGAGACAGACAGGUUGGCUCUUCUGCUCCUCUCCAGUUUCCAGUUUUCAGCACAGAAGCUGGAACACUCCCUACAGCAGAACCAGGGUUUCAACCUUGAGGAAUUCCAGGCUAAAGUUCACUCGGUGUCGGAGGAGCUGAAGCUCCACCUGCAGAAGCUGAAGAGGGAUGGGACCCUCCAACGCUGCAUCCAGGACCCCCAGGGGGUCUCCCUGGAUUCUGCUUUGGAUGAGUCAGUGGCCCAAAUUAAGGAGCACAUGACCAGGUUCUCUGCCGAGUGUCGCUCCUGGGAUCAGCUCCUUCAGAACUACCAAGAAAGUGCUGAAGAAAUGUCCAGGCAGCUGGAAGGAAUCCAGCGGGAUCCCAGCCUAGUGGAGCCCCUCAGUUACCUCCAAACCUCCCAGGCCUCUGUUCUCAGCAGCAAACCCAACUACCAGCAGAUCCUGGAUUCCCAGGGGGAGGUUCUGAGUUCCAUGGAGCUGGUGCUGGACGAGCUCCAGCAAGCAGUGCAGGUGCUGCAGAGCUUCAGCGAGGACAGCCGGCAGUACCUCCGGGGCCUGUCGGAGCAGCUCGCCACCAGGACCUUCCGGCAGCUGGAGAACUCCCCCGUGCGGAAGCUGCUCGCCGCCCCGCCGAGGAAACCGCUGCCUCCGGAGGGCUGAGGGUUAAUAAAGUGUUAAUAAAGUC